AUGGCUCAGGGUCUUAAUAAGAAGACUAACCCCAAAACGGCCGUGGGAAAGCGUGCUUCGCAUGCUGCGUCUAAAACGAAGACCGGUGCUAGAACGGUUGCACCCAAGAAGGCUGCUUUGAUCAAAGUGCAAAAAUUGAAUAAGAAAAUGUCCUCUGGACUCGUCGCGAAGACAGAACGCAGCCUGGCUGCGAAGGCUGGACAUCUGGAGAUAUUGGCUGGGGGCAAGAAAAAUAAGGAUACUGGAAAAGAUGGAAAGACCGGAGCUAAGAGGAAAUGA